UCGCUGUAUUCCAUUAAAGCGUCCUCUGCCGUCGGGCUCGGAUCAAUUCCCUUUGCAUGCCGCUGUCCAUCUGUUGAAUGCUCCCCAAUGGCCCCGGACGAGGUCAAGAAGCGCAAGGCCUGCCAGUCGUGCAUUCGCGCCAAGGCCAAAUGCUCGCCUUCGACCGAUCAGGCAGACAUUUGUUACAGGUGUCAACGGCUCAAGAAAGAGUGUGUCUUCGAGGAGAGUGUCCGGAAGAGAGGCCCCAAGUCACGAUCGCGUGUCAAGCAACUCGAACAGCGUGUCGACUCGCUCAUAGGCCUCCUAGCCGCCAAUGGCCAAUCGCUCGAAGUCACCGAGAACAUCAAGUCUGUGCUUGACAAGGCCGCUACCCCGACAGCACAGAGCGAGCCUUCUCCAGGCGCAAGAGACACGUCCAACAGUGUUUCUUCUCAGUGCCAUACGCCGCCCGAGUCUGGAUCCUGUCAAUUGAAUGUGGCAAACCCUACGGGCGAAGAGCCCUUUGAAGCCUAUGAUCCCAUCGAUGCCGGCAUCAUUACCGAACAUGCUGCUUCGAGACUCGUCGAGGAGUUCAAACAGUCUUUCGUCUUGUCAUUCCCCUUUGUUGUGAUACCGCCGUCAACCGACGUCAACACCUUGCGUAGAGACUCGCCUUUCCUAUUCCUCUCUGUCUUGACCACCACAUCAUAUAGAACCCCGGAACUGCAACGCGAGCUAGCAAAUCAUCUCAAGUCGCAAAUUGCCUUGCGUGUCGUUGAGCUCUCCCACAAGAGCCUGGAGAUUCUGCAGGGCUUGCUCGUGUACGGAGCAUGGUAUCACUUCUUUUACCGACCUGCGAACCAGCAGUUGGCUGUCAUUAUCCAGCUAUGUGUAGCCGUGGUUCAAGAUCUCGCUUUGUCCAAAAACCCAAAGGAAAAUCAGAGAAAGGCUAGGGUCACCCAUGAUCCCUUCACAUCAGGGCACGCGGACAGGGGUUCUGCUGGAGAGCGUGCAUAUCUUGGAACAUAUUAUCUGGCGGCUGCAUUUGCACAGGCAUGGCGGAAACGAGUGACCAUACAAUGGACGCGUUACAUGGCCCAAUGCUGCCGUAACGUCAACAGUCGCCAGGAAUAUCCGUCCGACGUCCUUAUCCUACCGUUGAUCCAGCUCAGUGAAUUAAUGUGUCGAAUCAACGACAUAUUCUCCUACGAUGAUAUCGGUAACGCCGAAGUCAAAGGCGACAUGAUGAUCGACAUGUCCAUCACUAAUCUCUCCUCCGAGUUGGAUCGUAUACAGGACGCUGUGGCACCCAGUGUGAAGGAGAAUCUCACUCUCAAUCUACAUUUCCGCCUACUCCGCAUUUGGAUCCAUGAAUGUGCGCUGCACACUUCUUUCUGGACACCUUCCUCGCACAACAACUCCUUUUCCAUCUCCCCGACUAGACUCAAGGCGCUCCGCCGGUGCCUGCGAGCCAUGCAAUCAUAUGUGGACGCACUUCUCUUGGUGCCACAAUCAUCGCUCCAUCAUCUUUCUAGUCAGUGCUGGGUCGGCUGGUUCUAUGCUGUGAUUGUGGCUUGUAAACUUGUCUUCCUCGAAGAAAACGAGCGCGACUCCGAGACCGACAUUGAACCAACGGACCAGGAAGUGACAAAACUGAUGGAGGACGAAUUCGACAACACCGCACCACAGGAGUCAUAUCAGCUUCCCACCAACGUCGCCACCAAUGCGUCGUGGGACGCCAUAUUGGUGGCGCAGGAAGCUAACGUGCAAACCCUUUUUGAAGGGUUCGUCAAGAAGAUGGACUUUACAAUGACCAAGCACCCUACAGACGCACCCUGCGAAUGUUCCGACCCUCUUCAUUCUCUCCUAUAUCUUCAGCGCACUCUCUCACACGGUUUCAUCAAACGGAUGAAGGAACUUCUCGCCAAGGCAAAUGCCAGUGCCGAUAGCAACAACCCCCGCUACAGGCCAUCCGUGUACCAAACGAACAUGCACACUGCAACCACUCCACUUUCGCAUUUUCCACACCCCGAAGCGCAUCCGCAAGCAAAUGCCCAAUCGGCCGCCGUGUAUCAACAUCCCGCUCCGUUGGAGCAGUUCAACAACAACUGGAACUUCAACGCGCUCAACUUUGACGGCUUCAUGAUGCCAGAAUCUCACCAGCCGGAUAUGCUAUGGGACAUGGUCAUGGACGACUUCAGCAUGCCUCCGCUGUGA